AUGCGUUAUCACGCUGGUAUUACUUCGUCAUCAAUUCGGGGAGCAGAAAUGCAGGAACAUGCGCGCUUACAUACCGAUAUGACGCAAUUGCCAUUACGAGUCGCUCACCUUUUUGACCCGAGCAAAGAAUUUUCCGUUGGAUCAUGUGAAUUUGCUCCAAGGGCUAUGCCAGUACCCAACCUGUACAUGAAAUCGACAGACAUUGCAUUAAUUCACUUUUUCGUUAGAAUAGUUUAUAUGAUAAUGGCUAAGGAAUUCAUUGCUGCAGACGUGAUGACUACUUCCUGCCACGGAAUUCGUGUGACCAACAAAAACGAGCGGUACGUCAUGGCAAAGGGCUAUUCCACAGCUAACGAGUCCCUAAUGCAUGAGGAAGAGACGGAACUAUUGCAACCAUCUGGCGAGUCGACAACUCACAUAACAAAUUUCAACAAAUUUAAGAAAAAUAUACCUUUGACGGAACCGUCCACCCCCGCCGCCAAGUGUGACAUCUCACCGAUACCAAGCAGGCAUGCAACGCCAGAAAUAUGUAAAGAAAAUAAUUGCGAAGAAAGCAAUGCAAACACUUGUUCCAUAUGCACUGAAUCAAUUAGUGUAUACGCUGUCGCACAAUGUAAUCAUCGAAUAUGUUACGUCUGCGCUCUUAGAUCAAGAAUUUUGUUAGGGACCAACUCUUGUCCUUUUUGCCGAGCCAAGCAACACAAAGUGAUCUUUACUCACGAUUCUACGGCACCUUUCUCGGUGUUAAUGUCGUCGGUAUCGGUGUGGUAUCUCGUACCAGAUUAUCAAAUACUGUGCGAGGAUCAACAGAUACAUCACAUGACAACAGAGAUGAUAAAAUUUAGGUGUCCGAUGAAAUCCUGUCGGGCAGCAUAUAGUGGGUGGCCGGAACUUAUUCAACAUGUACGAAACGAUCAUAAACUAAUGUUCUGCGGACGAUGCAUAGCACAUCGUAAGAUAUUUACCUGGGAGCAUAUAUUGUAUACCAAGGAGGAAUUGAAGAGACAUUAUCGUAGCGGGGAUGCCAAAGAUUUUAACUUUCGAGGUCAUCCUUCGUGCAUAGAAUGCAAUGUGACAUUCUACGACCUAAUCGAAUUUCGUGAACAUUAUCUAAUGCAUCAUUCUCUGAUUCCGAUGGUCGAAUCACCAUCGCGUGCCACAAGAAUCACGACGAUUUUGACAACCAUCAACAAUGUCACCGUCAACAAUGUAUUAGACAGCAAUGAAAGCAACGGGUUUGACAUUUCAGCUUUAUUCUUUUUCAUACUCUCGGUUUUCACCACACUCCUAGGAACACUCUCAAUACCGGACGACAAUAAAUAUUUUGCAUCCAUCAUACAAACAUUAGACGGGCUCACAUCAUCUAUUAAUUUUCGCGAUUUUUUACUUGACCAUGAUAUUUUGGGUACUGAAAAGUUGGUUCAUAAUGAUGAGUUGGAUUCUGUACUUUAUUUGUGGGGCUGUGAUACUUAG